AUGGCUAUUACAAGCAGGGCUCGUGUGUAUAACGAUGUCAAUUCACAUAAACCAAGAGAGUAUUGGGAUUAUGAGUCUUAUGUGGUGGACUGGGGGCAACAAGAUGACUACCAGUUAGUUAGAAAAUUGGGUCGCGGAAAAUAUAGUGAAGUUUUUGAAGCUAUUAACAUCACAAGCAAUGAAAAAUGUGUAGUUAAAAUUUUGAAACCAGUCAAAAAGAAAAAAAUUAAAAGGGAAAUUAAAAUAUUAGAAAAUUUAAGAGGGGGUACAAACAUAAUAACCCUACAAUCUGUUGUGAAAGACCCAGUGUCUCGUACACCUGCUUUGAUAUUUGAACAUGUUAACAACACUGACUUUAAGCAGCUUUACCAAACUUUAAAAGAUUAUGACAUUCGUUUUUAUCUCUAUGAAUUACUGAAGGCAUUAGAUUACUGUCAUAGUAUGGGUAUCAUGCAUCGCGACGUAAAACCCCAUAACGUUAUGAUCGAUCAUGAAAAUCGUAAACUUCGACUUAUAGAUUGGGGUUUGGCUGAAUUUUAUCAUCCCGGUCAAGAAUACAAUGUUCGUGUUGCUUCCCGUUAUUUUAAGGGACCUGAACUAUUAGUAGAUUAUCAGAUGUAUGACUAUUCGUUGGAUAUGUGGUCGUUGGGUUGCAUGUUAGCAAGCAUGAUAUUUCGAAAAGAACCUUUUUUCCAUGGACAUGAUAAUUACGAUCAACUCGUACGAAUCGCUAAAGUUCUCGGAACGGAAGAACUCCUUGAAUACUUAGACAAAUAUCAUAUAGAACUUGACCCAAGGUUUAAUGACAUUCUGGGAAGACAUUCUCGAAAACGUUGGGAAAGAUUCGUACAUAGUGAUAACCAGCAUUUGGUAUCGCCGGAAGCUUUAGAUUUCUUAGAUAAACUUCUACGAUACGAUCAUUAUGAACGUCUUACUGCAAGAGAAGCAAUGGAACACCCUUAUUUUUGUAAGAUAUUUAUUUAUUUUAUGUUACAUAAACGUGAAUCGAUAACAAAACGUUAUUAA